AUGGAGUCCUACAGCUGGACUAUUCCUUUGAACAUCGACACCGCCGCACCGAAAUAUCUACUCGGACUGUUUGAUGGCGAUGCUGAGCUCGGCACCGAUGCAAUCGCAGACUAUGGAUGGAUCAGUUGGAGUCCGUAUUUCUACGUCAGAGAGAAAUCUAGCACGACCUCAGCAUCCAGUUCAGUCACAGUCACCACGCCAGUAACGGGAACCGCUGCAACAAUAACCAAUACACCCAUAUUCUCUCCCAAUUCCAGCCCUAACUCCUCUUCGGAAUCGACCAAGAUUGGGGUCGGUGUUGGUGUCGGCAUUGGCGUCGCUUUGCUGAUUGCCCUGGGCUUUGGCUGGUUCCUGAAUCGGCUAAAGAAGAGCCGUAGAAACGGAGAGGGAGUUAACUACGAAGAGGGGGGUAACAACGAACCUACACCGACAGCAGAGCUCCCAGACACAUAUUUAUCAGAGCUCCCAAUAAAAGAGCCGGUGGCAAUACCUUCACAGGCCAACAUGGUACAUGAAGUGGAGUGA